AACUUGUAUAUAUUUGUUAUUUAAUUAUUUAUAUAAAUAUGUGGUGAGGCCACAAUAUAAAUGUAAAUAAGUAUAAUGUUAUGAUAUUUAUAUAUGUGAGCACGCCACAAAACUAAAUAAUGCAACCGCCCACCGUAACUGAAUCAGUUGACAAGUCUACUCAAUAUAUGCGUCUCUAAAUUAAAAAUAAGCGUCUCUAAAUUAAAAAUAACCAUGUCAAUUAACAUAUAAUAAUAACGAAAUGAAGUCUGUACGAAUGCUGCAGUAUACAAUGUAUACAAUAGUGUUUUCAGCGAGCUUCGUGACAUAGAAUAAUUAACAUUUCGGCUAAUGAGUGACCGACAUACCGGCGGCGGCGGCGUCUCGACUGUCGACGCGUGUCGGGUUAUACCACAGACAUAUCCUAAGUAACAUAGUAGUCUUAUUGGUUCGUACGUUAUGUUUCGUGCAAGAGGAUUAAGGGUUAAUUGCAAGGAUUAAUUGUGCGAGAAAGAGAUAAUAAUCUCUUGAUUGGUGAAGAUCGUUGUCAGUGUCAGCUACGUUACUGACAACUGCAACAACACGGGUUGCGGUAAUCGGUAUGCCCGCGGCGUCUGUCGCCUUGUGUUUCUAACAUUUUGUUUGUUUUGGAAGGCGGGUCUUCUUGCAAGUUAUUUAUAGACUUCCAAAAAUUAUAUUGUUAAUCCCAUUUUUGACUAUAGUAUAAAUUAUUCAAAUCAUAUUUCUAUUGUUAAUCGUAAAAACAAUUAAUUAAACUAUUUUAUUGAGUCUUAAUUGUUUAAAUUUGUAAAAAUCUGUGCUGCAACUUCAGUUUUUACCUAUUCAAAUUUAGCUUGAUCUGAAAGCAAUGAACGUAGGUAUACAUAUAAGUGCGGCAUGGAAGGUAAAUAUUGGUGAUGGGUUUGCGGCAUGAAGCCGGCUGGCGCGCGGCGCUUGGCCUGCGGCAGCGGCAGUCGGCAGCGCGCGUUCGCGGCGCCCGCACGCGGGUAUGACGUCCGACCACACCAAUACGACCAUCCGAAUCUGAUCACUGCUUGCGUGGAACUUCUGCACCCUCCAGGGACUCGCCACAUCGGAGUCGUGCGGUAACUCGAAGUACGGACAAACGCGACAGCGCGCAGCCGCACCAUCGAGUGAACAAGCAUAGAAUGCUGACACAAGCUCAGCUGGCGGAGCUGGCGCCGCGAGGGGGUGCCUCGCCCGGCCUGCUGCGACGGCGGUAUUCCGUGCCGGAGACCAUCAUGAGAAAAUACAAACUGGCACAGCAGCGCUCCGAGUCAGAAGAAGCCGGUGGAGUAACCAGUGUAUCGCCAGCAUCAGCCUCGCCUCCAAUGUGUGAGUCCCCGCGCUCGCUGAAGCGGGACCGCGAGCUCAUGCGCAAAUCUGCCUUGCUGAGGCGGAUGUGGGGUCGCCCGCAUAACGCCUGCUGCUGCAGCGAGGUUUGCGAGUGCUGCGGCCGAGAGACUCGCUCGCUCGACACCUCACGCUCGGAACUGAGGCCGCUGUCGUGCUCCAGCGGUGCCGCCCCGCCCGUGCCUUCAGGCUGGGCCACACCCAAGAGGCAGCGGCUCGACUCUUCACGAGAUUUUCGUGGCAGUGACGAGAUGCUGAGAACUGCGAUGAGGAAUAGCUAUGAUAAAGCUGAAGAAUCGCGUUAUGAACAAUCUAAACACAAUCUAUCCGACUCUAGCAGAUCCUACGGACGCGAAAUAUCUUCAUGUAUAGAAUCAAUGACGGAAGCGCUUUCGGAUAGUGACAGUUCAAAACUAGAAGGCAGAAAUGAUCCAAACAAAACAGAGGAUUCCCAAAUAUUGAUAUUGGAUUCUUCUACAAUGGACAUUGAUUCCAGUUCUACUAAUCAACAGAAUCUGGAACAUAGUGAUUACCAUUCACAUACGUUAAUUGACGAUCAUUUUUUGACCGACGAAUCAGAAUCUUAUUCAGUAUCGAUGUCUACUACCAAAGAAAAUCAAGCCUACUCAGAAAACAGAGUAUUCAAACAAAUCUCCAGCAGUGCUCACAUAGAGGGGCGCAUUAGCGAGAGAUCAGUUAGCGUUGAAAAUGACGAUACCAACAUGUUGCCUUAUGACACGCCAUUAACUUUGGAUACACCAUCGUGUGAAUUAUUAGAAAUUGUUGUAUCUGAAUCAUUCAAUAGCAAUAAAAUGCAGAAUAAUAAAAAUGAUAUCUCGGAAAAUAGGGCCAUAGAAACAAUAAAAUCUCCUGUGAGUAAUCACUGGAAGAAAAUGCAUAACAUAAAUAUUGAUGAAUACGUCUCAAACAUUUUAGUAGAAAGUCUUAAUUCUCUAACAGAUCAAAUAGAAUGCAUGAACGCUUCGAUGAGUAACGAUCGCAAAGUUAGUAUAGUUGAAAAAGAAAUAAAAGUAAAGCUUCAGAAUACUGGUGUAAACACCAUUGUGCACUUGAGCCCGAAGUCCAACAAUCAAAUCAUAUUUGGGAACGAAGAGCUUUGCAACAGUUUUGACAAUAAGGAUGACUGUAAUAAUCCACGUGACAGUGUCACCAUUCGUGAUGAGCCACACAGUGCAGAAUCCAACAAUAAUCCCCCCACCCCACAUUCGUUGCAUGAUGAUGCCGUGUUUAGUGUCGUUCACAACGACAACGUCAACCGAGCAGUGCUGCAGCAGAUACAAAAGCUAUUCCAGGAUGAACUCAAAAGCUUCGAUAAUGGUAUUCACUUUACUAACAACACUAUGCCUGGCAUAUCUCACAUAGAAAUCUCUAAUGUCGACGUCUUCAUUGAUAAUAAUACCGCAUCCACAGCUGAAGCUACUGAAGCUAACGCGAUUGACCAUGUGCAGGUUAUCAGUGGCGUAGGAGCCGGGAACUACUUCCUUGACGGAGAUGACAGUGCUGUGGUGCCGCGUUUCUCUGCGAUGCCGCACACAGAUUCAAUGGAAGUCAAUACCUCGUCCUCCGAUGACGCCGAUAACAUUGGCUCCGAUUGCACCAGUCUUGUCGACAGCCUAGAUGACCCCAAUUCUCCGCGAUCAGUUUUUUUACGAAAACAUAACAAUAACAAGAGAAAUGAACUGGUGCGAUCCGCUAUAGAUGUGCUUGAUCUACUACCGGAGAAUUCUUAUAAUAAUUACGCUUCUCAACCGAAAGAUAAGGGAGAGGCUUUUUUUAUUAGAAUAAAAGAUAAUAACUUUGACUGCGAGAAAGAAAAUGUAAUAGUGGCAGAUCACAUGCCAGAAAAAAUUAAACAAAGACUUUAUCGGAGACAACGAAAGAGAGAAAUGCGCAUGGAAUGUGCACGACGUAGCAAAGUGAAGCAAUUAAAUAAAGAGAUGGAGAAACAGAGCGGCAAAGAUGUGCUGCGGAGCAGAGAAGUGGAGCGAGAAUGUAUAGCUGUCAUUAAUGCUCUUAUCGAUGAAGUAAUUGUUAAAAUAGUGCACGAUGAGCACAAAUGCUUACGCAUCAAACAGAAGAACAGCAGAAUGGUCGCUUCCAAAUCAGACGAAAAUGUGUCCAGGAGAACUUGGAAGAAGGAUUUAGAAUAUUAUAACAAUAAAAAAUCUUCCAAAAUAAAAACAAGUUCGUCUUCAUCGGGUACCAUACAUGUAGAUACGAAGAGUAAACAUCCCGAAAAACAGAUACAUGGUAAAUUGUCGCUAUUGGCACAUCCCCCACUGAGCCCGGAUACGAGCGGACCUCGGCGUAUUUAUCAAAAAUCUGAAAUUCACGACGGUAAUAAAUGCAUUGAGAUAUUGGAAAUAUUAGAAUAUGUGAAUAGUUCUCACUCGCAAAGCUCUCCGGAUAUAACUAAUUCAGAUGAAAAUCAAAACGGAAAUACGAGUCACCGAAAGUCACGAAUACCUAUUCCAGUGUACGAAAGAAAAAUGCAAAAAAACUCUAGCGAUUCGUCAAAACCUUAUAGAGCUAGCGCGUGCAAGCGACCGUCUCCGCCUCAUAGAAGUGACAUCAAGUCGAGCCGGACGCUGACCUCGCUGUUGCUGCAGGCGCUGGCGGCCCCCGAGCGCCGCGCCUCCGUGCCCGUCUACGAGCCGCGCUCGCGCUCCAAUUCCCUGAGAUUCAAGCAGAUGUUCGAUAUGAUCCCUGAAGAGCGGAGCAGCCUCAGUGUGGACUCCAGUAACGAAGACGUCGCCCACAACCGUCGCUCGUCCGCACCUAGCGUUGCCGAUACUAUCAAACUACAUUACGAUGACAACAAUUUACCACAUAAUGAACAGAACGAAAUUUCUGAAGCUUUAAGAUCGACUGUUCCUCGAGAUCGAUCGAGGAAACUUAAGGAAAUGAGGAGUGCCGGCACUUCUCCCUUAGCGACCGAUGGAGAUAAGAUGAAAAAUAGUCAAAUAACGACAACUUCCCCAAAUCGAAGGUCGGCAGCUACUAGCCCCAUGCAAAUACCAUCCGUAAAAAACCAAAAGCAGAAUAGUGAAAAGAUGACGACGUCCUCGAGCAGUGGCAGUGGCGCCUGCGGCGCUAGCGGCAAGCGCGGGCUGACGUCGCGCGGCCGCGGCUGGCUCGGCUUCACGCGCCCCGACUACAAUCUGCACGAGGAAGGUCCUAAAGAGAAGAAUGUCGACGCGGAGAUGACCAGAGACCGACGGAGUGUGCCCACCGACCCAAUUAUAGAGUCACAAAGAACCGUUCGGACUAUACAAACCGAGAUAGUAGACCCAAUUAUUGUCGGAGGAGAUAAACAUCAUAAGAAAUCAAAAGCAAAGAGACGAUUCGACCAUGAUGACAAUAAAAAUGAUGACACUAAAACAAAAGGACGAGCGAAUCGUACUAAAUCAGAAUCUCGUGAGAUUGAGGAGGCGGCGAACGAGCCUCGCAAGGAGACGAGGAAAUCUCGGCAAGAGGGCGUGCGGCUGCCGGAGUGCGUGCGCUCACUGAGCUCCAGCUCAAGCAGCGAGUCGGGCGGCAGCCUGCUGUGCGCACUGGCGCCGCACUGGCUGUACGCGCCCGCGCGCCGCCGCCACGCCGCGCGCCGCCUCCACCACGAUCCGCCAGCGACCACUGACGCAGGCGGCUGGUCGGUGACGGUGGCGGGGUCGUGUCGAGCCGCUCUGCCCGCGGACGUGGAGAUGCGGCUACGUUUCCCUCCAGAUCAGCCCCCUUCUGCGUCCCAAGGUCACCCUGCCUUGCCGCUCCCCGAACCCCAGCAAGCCCCCCAGGUCACUCAGGAGGAAUGGAGUUGCGUUUCACGAAGAUGUCCGCAAUGCGCAUGCGCGUGUUGCACUGGCGCUCCCCCCGCACCCCGUCGUCCUCCAUCGCUGACCACAGCACCCGCCGUCCAGCACAACAACCACAAUCCAGACACCGGCCGGCUCACAUUGACCAUGAAGAAAGAGGCUUUAGGUUCUUCGGUUCUUGCGAGCAAGACCGCGAAGAAGUCUUCCGACCCUCUCCCGGACCUGGAAACCUACACCGCCACGCGCAGCAAAGUCAAGAGUUCCGUCAAGACGCGGCGGGGGUACUCCCUGCACUGCUGGCUGCCCGACGACGAGCCCGCGCUGCUCAGGACGAAUAACGAACUGUCGGUGUUGGGCAGCGCCAUCAUUCCGGAGCUGAAGCCGCGCGUGCGCACCAUGAGCGAGCGCGACCUCACGCGCCACUAUACGCCGCGCCAGUACCUGCGCUGCUGACUUGAUGACGGAUUGUAAUGCCUACACCCUCUUAGCACCUAAAUCUUGUAUAAAGAAGAUUUUAUAAUUAUUAAA